UGUUAGCGGGCAGCUUUGGGCCUGGUCUCUGCUGCUCCCAGGCGGCUCUUGUGGGUACUGCCUAAGUGAGAGGUGGGAGAGGACCAGUCAUCAAUGGGAGGAUCAGAUUGGGGGAGACACCCGGUGCAGAAGGCUGAGUGGAAAAGGGGAGCACUAAGACCCAGGGGUAGUGGAAAAUUGCAGCAACGAACUGAAGAAGUAGGCAGUGGGGGUGGGGAUGGUAGGAGCCAUCUGGUACCUGGGUAGCAUUUGCAACAGUAUCGGCCAUACCGACAGAAAUGGCCAGUCAGUCCCAGGGUAUCCAGCAGCUUCUGCAAGCAGAGAAGCGGGCGGCUGAGAAGGUGGCAGAUGCCAGGAAGAGGAAGGCCCGGAGACUGAAGCAGGCAAAGGAGGAGGCACAGAUGGAGGUAGAGCAAUACCGCCGAGAGCGAGAGCAAGAAUUCCAGAGCAAGCAGCAGGCGGCCAUGGGCUCCCAGGGAAACCUGUCGGCUGAGGUGGAGCAGGCUACAAGGCGCCAGGUGCAGGGCAUGCAGAGCUCCCAGCAGAGAAACCGAGAGCGGGUCCUGGCCCAGCUUCUUGGCAUGGUCUGUGAUGUCAGGCCCCAGGUCCACCCCAACUACCGGAUUGCUGCCUAGGACUCAUCACAGAGCCUGACUCAUUCAUUCUGCCAGUUGUCUCUGUCAAAGAACCCCUCCCACCCCCCCAAUUAAAAUCACCUCCCACCACAGUACUUUUCUUCUUUCCAUUCCUGGGAAAUCCUGGGGGGGGGGAAGAUUCAAUAAUUCUCAUAUGAAACUUAUACAUAUCCUGCUCAACCCGAAUCUUUUUGUUGUUCUUUAACUUCACUGGGAACUCGUAAACUCCCAAAGCCAUUCUCAUUCAAUCUUUUGUGCAGAUUGUAACUCUGGGAAGUAGAAAUGUGGAAAAAACACUCUGACUUCAGAGCCUGGCAGACUUGGGUUCUUCUCAUGACCUGACAUGCUGGCUGUGCAAUUGGGACAACCUGUUUAUCCCUGUAGCCUCAAUAUCUUUCUCUGUAAAACUGGGAUAAUAAUACUGCUGGGGUUACUGCAAGAUUAGGAAUCAUUAUGUAGAGAGUCUAGUAUGGGUCCUGGCAUGCAGGAGCCAUGAUUUAAUAAAUGGCAACCCUGUGAUAUUAUUACCAUCCGUGUUCACUAGCCAAAAGCCAUACAACUGAUUCUUCACUUCCAUCGGUGACCCUCUAAUUAUUCCACUGAUUUAUUAUGUGACCCUAGUAAUUCUCUGAAGAAUUGGUUCUUUCCUCAUCUCUUUUCCCAAAGAUUUUGUAAUCUUUGAAAAGAUGAAAUCAUGACUUCACUUAGCCCUCUAUUAAAUUCUAGGUAUAUACUACAUCUUGUAGCCUUUUUGCUUCUCUUAUGCUUGUCUUGCUCUUUGUAGGAUUUUCCCCUUUUCAUAUUUCCCCAAAGACCAAUUAGAUACUCACUGCUUCCAAAGAUCUAAAGCAAUGCUGUGUACCUUCAUAUGCAUGGCUUUCCUGUGUACAUCCUUGAGACCUUACUUCCCCUUUGUAACAGUAAAAAAAGUGUGAAUAAAAUAAUUAUGGGCAAAUAAAUUGGUGAGUUGAAACAGUC